AUGGACAACAUGGAAUCGGAGGCGGUUGACGAAUCGAACCCCAUAUUCGACAAUGCCUCCCCGCCGUUCCUUACCUCUCCCAUCACGUCUCCUACGCCGGAGAAGGAGGCGUCACCAGCUCCUUCAAAGCCUCUAUCAAAGCGCAGAGGGAAGAAGAGGUCUUCUAGGGCAUGUGCUAGUUGUAGGACGAGGAAGGUUAGGUGCAAUAUCGUGGCUGUUGGAACGCCUUGUAGCAAUUGUAGGCAUGAUGAGAUUGAGUGUAUUCUCCCAUUAAGCAGACGGCAGAGAUCCGCCCGUGAGCGGGCAGAGAAACGUAUGCGACAAGCAAUGUACGCCGCUCAAGUUAGAGAAGGCCGAGAUCCCAGUUUGAAUAUUGGCAGUGAUGUUCCUGGACACGACAUCGAAGGACCUAAACCGAUCCUUAGCAGCCUCCCGCCACACUGGACCAACAUCUCAGGACACCUCAUUCCAGAUGCCGUUCCUCCCCAAACUAUUACGCCCACCGAAACAGAAAGACUUCCAAGCCCUCAUCCAUCAUCAAUGGCCAAAUUCGAGACCCAGAUCCAGCCGCCACUUGCAACAGUGGCCGUCCGUAUACCAAGCACGCCCAAGUCGCCCGAUCAACGCCUCCCCAUUCUUCCCCAAGCUUUUAUUCCCUUUCCACGUAAUCUCAGUACCCCGGAUCUUCUGUAUCUACACAAUCGCGAUGCCCUCACCCUCCCCGGCGAAACUCUACAAACCAAGCUUCUAAAUGCUUACGUCAAUUUCGUGCAUGGAACCAUGCCCAUCCUUGACUUGGAGCAGUUUAUUUCUGCUGUAAAGUAUGGAAAUGAAGCGCAAUCCAGUCAGAGCCUCGAAAUUAGGGAACGAGAGAAUACCCGUCCCACCCAGAUUAGUCUGUUGCUGUUUCAGGCUGUUAUGUUUGCUGGUGUGAUAAACGUGCCAGUUAAGGCGCUCCAGGAGGCAGGGUACCGUAAUCGCGAAGCCGCAAAAGAGAUCUUUUUUGCGAGGGCAAAGCUUCUCUAUGACUUUGAUACUGCAACUGAUCGGCUUUCGAUCAUUCAGUCCCUUCUCCUUCUGACCCUCUAUCCCACCCCAACCUCACUACGUACGCCAGAUUCACAUUGCGUCAAAGACCAAAACCACUACUUGAACCUCGCCAUCUCCGUCAUCUAUGCCCUGGCGCUGAAUCGUAUCCCUCCACUUCCUAGUUCUACCCCCUCAAAACCUGGCAUCAACCACCACCAACAGCUGCGGAGGCGCAAACUUGAACGGCGUAUCUUCUGGGCGGCCUUUUGUCGAGAUAGGCUCCUCGCGCUUUCUCCGCACGGGUUUUGGAUGAGACCCAUGCAAAUUAAGAAAGAAGAUUGUGAUAUUGCUAUGCUUUCUCUGGCAGAUUUUGAUCUCAGGCCUGAAGAAGAAGAGGUAGAUGAUGAUAUGAGGGCGCGGAGAGAUGCAAACACGUGCGUGGAAAAGGCGCUAAUGUGCUGGUCCUCUACUGAUGGUGUUGGAUAUGACAUGUCUAGCAGUGAGAUGAUGGGGCAGUUCCCAGUUACGUUCUCGGAGGUAGUACACGGAACGCCAGCGGGGCAGGUCUCACAGUGGCAGAAUCAGCCUGCGCAUGAAACUGACCUUGCGGUGGCCAAUUGUCACCAAAAUACGAAUACACCCAACCAUCGGUUCCCCAUAUAUUCCCAAUGCCCAACCGAAUACCCCGAACAUGCUCAUCUGUACGACGGGGGCCCUCCUUCCAGCGGUACACCCAGUCUUCACGACCACUCGCACUCCGAUGAAGAGGACUCUCUCCAUACGCCUGAUAGUGGGUGUUGCGAUGGGGAUUACGGAGUCUGCGAGGAUUGCGAUGGGUUCUUGAGAUUCCUACGGCCCAUGGAUGCUGAACCGGCGGAUAAAGUCGGCGCGGAUGGAACUGUAACGGAAGCUGGUGGUGAAGCUGAGGUUCCUCAUGAUGAAGCUGAAGAGAGAGACGGUGACGAUAGGAGUACUUGGGCGUUCCAACUAGACGUUGAUAACGAUGUUGUUGUGCAGGUAUAA